CCCAUGCCCAGGCACUGUCUCACAGGCUGGGGUGGGGCCCGGCGGCAGGAUAAAAGGACUCAGGGACAGAGCAGCUCCAUCCACUCACCUCCUGAGGGACCUAGAGAUCUUCUUCUGCCUGUGACCUUGGUCCGGAACACUCACCAGCGGUCAUGUCCUGCCAGCAGAGCCAGCAGCAGUGCCAGCCCCCUCCCAAGUGCCCCCCCAAGUGCCCUCCCAAGUGCCAAACCCCCAAGUGUCCCCCCAAGUGUCCCCCUAAGUGUCCUCCCGCGUCCUCCUGCUGCAGCCUUGGUUCUGGGGGCUGCUGUGGCUCCAGCUCCGGGGGCUGUUGCAGCUCCGGGGGUGGCGGCUGCUGCCUGAGCCACCACAGGCCCCGCAGGUCUCUUCGACGGAGGCACCAGAGCUCGGGCUGCGGGGGCGGCAGCGGGGGCAGCAGCGGGUGCUGUGGCGGCAGCGGGGGCAGCAGCGGGUGCUGUGGCAGCGGCGGGGGCAGCAGCGGGUGCUGUGGCGGCAGCGGUGGUGGCAGCAGCUGUGGCAGUGGCCAGCAGUCCGGGGGCUGCUGCUGA